GUGCUUUCCCAGGCAUUCAGCAAUGCCCUACUGUUCUGCUUCAGCAAAAGCAGAGCUGCCUUUGAUUAGCAGCUGACGUCAUGAAGGUGUCGAUUGGCAACCGGUGUGACUGAGGGAGAUGUGUCCUCUUGAAUGUCCGAGCCAGCUAUUUAACUGUCCUCACUUUCAAGUUCAAAGUGGCUUCAUGUAAGCAGCAGCACUUUCACAGCCAGGCAGUGAAAAUAGACUGUCAAUGAGACUUGAAGAAUGAGAGCAACGUGAGCCUCUGAAUAAGCAGAGAAUUGUUACAGUAGACAUCAGUAUACAUGGUAAGGAAAAUGUGCAUGUUGCUUGACAUGACCGCUGACUUGUUAUCAUCUGCUGUAAAAAGACAUUGUACAAAUAGGUCUUACCCUUGUUCAGAUGGUUACCCUUCUCUGCAGAAAACCUACAGAACACAUCGGUUUCAUGGAUAACCAAAGACAUUAUUCUCUCAGGGAAGCAAGGAGUAUUUUAUUUUUAUUCUUAAAUGUAAUUUGUAGUCUUAUAGAGCGUGGCAUAUGCUGCCCAAAGGAAUGCACUUGUGAACACCUUUUAGUAAACUGCACUGACAGACAGCUUGAAGAAUUUCCCUCUGGCAUCCCAAUGGAUACCAGACAGCUAAUCCUAACUCACAACAAUCUAACCUAUUUGCCAUCAGUGGAUCUCAAUCUCCUGAUUGACCUUGUGUACCUGGACUGCAGCCACAAUAUUCUGGGAAGUUCCUUGGAAGCCACGUUCAUUGCUAUGUCAUUGGUUUAUCUGGACUUGAGCUAUAAUAAUAUCACCAAGAUCACAUCUGCCACUUUCUACCUUUUGACAAGUUUAGUUGUUUUGAAGUUAUCAGACAAUCCCAACUUGGAGGAGAUUGAGAAGGAUGCAUUUUCCAACAAUACAGGCCUUCGACAGCUGGAUCUUAGUCGCACAGCACUGACUUAUCUGGACGUCACUACAGUCAGUGAGUUGCCUAGCCUACGAACACUAGGCCUUAGCUCAAACCCCUGGGACUGUUACUGCCCCUUGAAGGAAUUCCUUAAAUGGGUGAUGGAAACUGAUAUUUACUUUACAGAUGAAGAAAACAUGACAUGUACAACACCUGCGCAUAUUCAUGGAGAAUUAUUGAAAAAUACCGAAAAGCAUAUUAAUCUAAUGUGCUUCACCAACCUAUAUGAAAGAGACUACGUUUUCCUCAUGCUGGUGGGGUUUGUCAUAUUUGGCUCUGGUACAGUCGUGGCUUGGAUGACUGGUGUCUGUAUUGUGAUCUAUGACCGACUGUGUGGCAGCAGUGAGGACGAUGAAGAAGAAGAUGAUGAACCUCCUCCACCUCCAAAACCAAAGAAAAAAGAAGAAGCCUGAGCAAACACAAACAACAUGAAAAGUCAGUUUUUCAUCAGAUUACAUCACUUACUUUGAUAGCACAGAAAUCUAUAAAUGUAAGCGAAGUAUCAAACUAUUAAAAUGAAUUCCACACUU